AUGGAAGAAACUAUCGCAGAACUGCGACGUCAGCUUGAAGAAGAAAGACUGGCGCGGGAAGAGGCAGAGCGUCUCCAGGGCGAGGCAGAGCGUCUUCAGGGCGAGGCAGAACGGCGACUCCAACCCAACAACCUGUUCCGCCUCCUCAAUCGCUGCCAUGAAUCUCUGUCCCAAGCGAUCCGAGUCGAGACGGAUGCGACCCUCACGACUCAGGGCACCGCGACCGACCCAGUGAAUCGUCUUUACCCCAAGCGCAUAGUCCCUUGGCUUGAUUUCCCCCAGCUCCAGGAGCAAGUCUGGAGCAAAUUCGACCGCACCGCUGCCUUCACCUCGCGCCCGCUGUUCCCUUCCGAUACCCAAAUCGAUUACGUCGCCACAAACAUUCAGCACAACCCGAUCUAUUCAGAAACGUCGCUUCGGAAUUUUGAGCGAGACACUGUCGAUAACUUUGUCGAAAAGGUUAUUAAUACUUUGCGAGACGAUGAAGUCCUGCGCCAUGACUUUGGGAUCCAAGGCCGAGUUACUUUCUACGAUCGCGCAAACCCAUCGGAAACUUUGCUAGAGAACAGCCUGGGGCAAAUGAGUCUUCAGGAUACGCAGACACCCCAAAGGCCGGCGAACUCUAGGCAUGGAAGAGGCAGAGGAAGAGCGAGAGGCGCGGCGCAGAGACAGAAGAGGGAUGGCACUGCACGAAGACGCAAUCGGCGCGCCGACCAAUUCUGCGUGCAUAUUGUAGCCGAUGAACGACAAAUUCCGGUGCACGCAGUGGAGUUCAAAGCGCCACAUAAAGUGACAAUACCCGAAUUAGUGGCGGGUCUACACCAGAUGGAUCUGGCCCGGGAUGUCAUUGAUCAGGAGGGCGACACAUUUGAAUUCUAUGCCACCCGCCUUGUUGCCGCCGUGGUAACUCAGAUAUUCUCAUACAUGAUCGACAGUGGAGUUCGAUACGGCUACAUCUGCACAGGAGAGGCCUUUGUCUUCCUCCACAUCCCGAAGGAUGAUCCCACCAUAGUUCAAUAUUUUUUGUGCAUCCCAAAUCAAGACGUGCAGGCGGACGAUGAAUUGCGUCUCCACCGGACAGCCAUCGGUCAGGUACUUGCGUUCACUCUUCAAGCGCUGACCGCUGACGCUCUUUCUCAAGAGUGGCACGAUGAGGCACAUAACAAGCUAACAACCUGGGAAGUCGAAUAUUUGGAUGUGUUGAGGGAAAUUCCCGAAACUCUUCGCAAAGACCCGCGGGGCUCUAAUUAUCGACCCUCGCACUGGAAACGAGAUCAGAAAAUACACAACACACGCUCUCGCACUCGUUGUCAGCCAGGCGUAUCUACACCGAAGCACUCCUCGACUGAAGGCAAUAGUAGUGAGGAAGAAUCACAUUCGCCAGCGGCAGCAGCAGCGUCGCGCAGCCGAUCGAGCCGCGACCGAGGCAAUAAAGGCCAAUCAAGCAGGGAGAGCGAAAAGUCGCGAGCUGGCCGGAACAACAAACAGACUUCUCAAAAAGACGGGCAUUCCGCACGACCAUACUGCACCAUUGCUUGCCUCUAUGGCAUAGUCAACGGAGGCCCUCUGGAUAAAACAUGCCCAAACUGGAAACUCCACGGUGGCCAGAGACACUCCAUGGGUCCGCAAGAGUUCACACGCCAGCUUCAUCGCCAGCUUGCCCGAGAUCGAGAACUUGGUUUUGAACAGCUCCAUGUCUGUGGUCGGACUGGAUAUCUUAUCAAAGCUACCCUUCUUUCGCGCGGAUAUACUGUCAUGAUUAAAGCCACGACCAUGGAAAAGCAGCAUCGCCUUCGAGUAGAAGCAGACAAUUAUCGCUACCUCAGGAGUAUGCAGGGUCAAAAUAUUCCUGUCUGUCUGGGGACAUUUACGCCACGAAUUUCAUAUUGGUACCAUGGUGAGCUAAUGGAGCAGAUGAUGAUUCUCAGCUGGUCGGGGAGGAGACUCCAGCACGUCAUCAAUGAUGAGAACACGGAUUUCUUCCACCGGGAGCGCGAGAAAGCCUUGGCUGUAUUUCGUUCGCAUGGAGUGGUCCAUGGCGACAGUGAGUGGCGCAACAUGUUGUGGGAUGACCUAGGUAGCCGUUUGAUUGUCAUUGACUUGGAAGACCUGAAACGGUUGAAACGCUCUCGUGCCCUUGAAGCAACUCCUGGGAAUGCACGAUAUGGUCAUCUCGCAAAGGUGAGAAAGUCCGGGCCACUGUUGAACUCCCUUGCUGUCUGCACAUGA